GAGCUCCCCACAAGAUGGCACUCGUUGAGCCUAGGCUUUUUGAGCCGACCUGAAGUCAUAUUCGGGCUCCAGCAUACCAGGUCCCAAUACACAUUCUACUUGACCAAUUUUGAACAUGUGUGGGUAGAAGUUGCCGACAAAACCCAGUUGAUAGCGAAAGGCAGACAGUUUGGGUUCGAGGACUUGAACACAUCCAAAAUGAUGGACUUGAUCCAGUUGCUCGCCAAUUUGGAUCAGCAUAAGGAGGCUGAUUUUGCGCUGGAUGGCGAUGAUAUCAAAUUGCUGAAGAACGACGUGCACUGGGUGUUUCAGUUGGCGAAACAGCCUGUAGAUGUCACCGUGCAGUUCUUGCGGGAGUUGAACAUGCAGCAGUUCCAGAACCACAGCCUUUUGCUCGAAAAAAUCGGGGACUUGAAGCACUCAAUCGAAAUCAAGGAUACGUACUCCAGGUUCUUGGUCGAGAACUUCAAGUUAAGUCACGGAAUGGAUUUGAUCUCUGACUACAAGCGCAAUAACAAAAGAGACGCUGAAUUUUUGGAACCGUUCCGCUCAGAAACAUGGGAGAAA